AUGUCACCUGUGAGCAAGACGACGGUGUUGUUCAAGCUCAAGCUGGGUGAGGUCAUCACCACCAUCCCUACCAUCGGCUUCAACGUCGAGUCGGUCAAGUACAAGAACAUCGAGUUUACGGUGUGGGACAUCGGAGGCCAGGACAAGAUCCGAUCGCUGUGGAAGAGGUACACCGAGAACUCGCACGGUGUCAUCUUUGUUGUCGACUCGAAUGAUACCGAUCGCAUGGACGAGGCAAAGUCCGAGCUCUUUACUCUCCUCGAGUCGCCAGAGCUUGCAGACGCUGUCGUCCUCGUCCUGGCAAACAAGCAGGAUCUCCCGGGCGCCCUCGACCCGUCGGCUGUCACAGAACGCAUGGGACUCUCCGAACUCCGCCAUCGCUGGUACAUCCAGGCCUGCUGCGGUGUCUCCGGCGAUGGCCUCUACGAGGGCCUCGACUGGCUCUCCGAUGCCCUGGGAUAG